UCGACAUGCGUGGAUUUAUUUCGCCUAAAUUUCUUUAUUGUGACAAAUGAUGAUGGAAACAGUGUUUUACGAAUAAAUGAUAAUUGCUGAAUAAUUUUCAAGGUAUGCGGGUUACUAGUCUGUUAUAAUCCGAGAGUGAAAUACUUACUCUCGUCAAUAACAUUUAGCAUUAUCAGCCCGACCUAAAGUAUGCUGUUCUGUAUAUUGUUUGUAUUUCCGGUUGUCUAUUUUCAGUCUUGACAAUUCCCAUUAGACAAACACUUGCACAAUACGGCUGAGCCUAACCGAAUCACAGACCGAACAUUGUCCCACACGGUCAGAUGACAAAUAAUGAAACAAAAUUAAACUGAUUGAGAGGAAACGCGCUUUGAUCGACUUCGUUCGAUUAAAUUUGGCUAUUGUUUAAAUAUUGUGCAUCACGUGCAAUGUGUACGGAGAUAAUAGACAGAACCUACCGGUGCGAAAAAAGUUACACUACAAAAAAAUGGAAAAACACUUUCCUGUGGGUACCCUAUCUCCACCUCCUAUCGCCAAAAGGACCUACAGCACGGACAACCGGUAAACAGACAGAGGAGUGACAUGGGAGUGGGUCGGCCCGCAUCGAAGCGCACCCAUGCUGAGGAGGUCAUGCACCUGGCCGUGGUGGCCUGUGGGAACCGACUGGAUGAGACGCUCACCAUGGUCAAGUCAGCCCUCCUCUUCAGCAUCAAGAGUAUCAAAUUCCACAUCUUUGCAGAGGACCCCUUGACCUCACAGUUUGAAAAGGGGUUUCUCUUUCAGCUGAGCCAGUGGCCCCAUGCUAUCUCCAACAAGUUCCAGUACAGUAUCUACCCAAUCACGUUCUCUGUGGGGAAUGCAGAGGAAUGGAAAAAGCUGUUCAAGCCCUGCGCUGCCCAGAGGCUGUUUCUCCCUGUGAUCCUGAAGGAUGUAGACUCUUUACUCUACGUGGAUACAGAUGUGCUGUUCCUCAGGCCCAUGGAUGAUAUGUGGAGUUUCCUCAAGGCCUUCAACACCACCCAGCUGGCUGCUAUGGCCCCAGAGCAUGAGAUCCCUAAGAUAGGCUGGUAUAGCCGCUUUGCACGCCAUCCCUUCUACGGGGUCACUGGGGUCAACUCAGGAGUCAUGCUGAUGAACCUCACAAGGAUACGAAGCACUCUGUUCAAAAACAGCAUGAUAACAAGUGGCCUGUCAUGGGAGGACCUCCUCCACCCACUCUACCAGAAGUACAAGAAUCACAUCACCUGGGGUGACCAAGAUCUCUUAAAUAUCAUCUUCCACUACAACUCAGCGGCCGAAGAUGUAACACGCCUUUCCCAGAACACCAUGCAGAGAGAACAGUCGCUAAGUGCAUCGUUGGAGCAUUUGUCGAUACUGAUAGGAUCGAAAGAAAGGCAGCGCUGCUCUCGGAGUGUCUGUACACCUUCCCAUGCCAGUGGAACUACAGGCCUGAUCACUGCAUGUAUGGGAGCAACUGUAAAGGAGCUGAGGAGGAAGGCGUGUCCAUUCUCCAUGGGAACCGAGGAGUGUAUCACGACGACAAGCAACCAGCCUUUAAAGUUGUUUAUGAUGCAAUACACGAGUACCCCUUUGAGGACAACUUGUUCCAGUCGCUGUUCUAUCCCCUCCAGACCAAGUUUCUGGACACAGUCAACACCCUGUGUGGUCGGAUUCCCCAGGUGUUCCUCAAACAGGUGGAAAAGUCCAUGAGGACCGUGUACGAGAAGAAAGUGGUCCGUCAUGUGAGGCCUCCACCAAAAUAAUUACAGGAAACUGAACAGAGGAAGUUGUCUCUGACAUCACUAUGGGAAUCUUUCUGUGGAAGAUGUGCAAUGUCAGAAGUCCCCAGACCAGAAGGAAUCUGUAUGCAUUACACGGUGUUUGUAAUACAACAGAUCAUGGUCUAGUGGACAUGAUGGUGGUAUGGAUCAUGAUCGUGUAGAACACGUGUCAAACUCAUUCCACGGCGGGCUGAGUGUUUGCUGGUUUUCGCUCCUCCCUUGUACUUGAUUGAUGAAUUAAGGUCACUGAUUUAGUAAGGAACUCCCUCUAGGUCUUAAUUGAAAGGAAAAAACAGAAACCAGCAGACAAUUUGCCCUCCAUGGAAUGAGUUUGACACCCUGGUGUAGAAGGACAGGCACACUGUACAGUGCUUAUCAAUGAUGCUGUGUUUGGGGUAAACUUGCCUUAUCAUCCACCCACUAAAUGUUUUACAGAACCUGAUUUACAUGUGAAAAUGUGAUGAGAGAUUUCGUGUUUUUUUUUAACCUUUUUUAAAAAAAGUCCAAUGUUUCCUUAUGAUUACGAUAAGUCCCGGUGGAGUAUUAAGUGAUGAUUUAAACAUGGCAGAGGUUGUUUUUGUCAACAUGAUUUUGAGUGUUUUUCUCUUAAAUGGGCAACGAAAAUGUCUUCCGUAAGGCCGCUAUACCAUAGGCUUCUGGAAAUGGUUUGAAAUGGUCCCACUCUGCCUGUAGGUUGCCGCCUAAUUGAUCAUUUUAUGUCAUGCAAAGCUAAUAUGGGUCUUUGCUUAAGCAGAGCUUUCUGUUUAUGUUGCAUGUUGCAAUUGUCCAAAAAUAAAGUGAAUAUGUUACAUCAACAAAAUCCCUUGCAUAGCAGCGACAGGAGGUCUAGUGGUUAAGAGCAGUGGGCCGGUAACCGAAUGGUCGCUGGUUCGAAUAUCUGAGCUGCCUAGGUGAAAAAAUAUUUUGAUGUGCCCUUGAGCAAAGCACUUAACCCAAAUGUUUCCUGUAAGUCUCUGGAUAACAGCGCCUGCUAACUGACUAAAAUGACUAUCUGUACAAGAGGGAAUAUGAUUCAACCUGUCCAGUUCUCCAAAUGCCAACCGCAGUAUUAAACAUAGUAUGAACAUAUCAUACACUAAGCAAUUACCAUUAAUAUUGUGUACAGAAGAUGUGUCGAUAAAUGCACUUUUGUAUUUCUGUAAUAGUUCAGCUUGUGCGAUUAGGACAGGACGUGCAUACCAUUUCUCCCCUAUUCAAUUGUCAAGGCAUUGCAAAUCCCUAUCUGAAAAAGCAGUGUGGUUGUCUCUGAACAAAACUUCCAAAGUGCAAGCGCUUAUAAUAGUGGUACAGUAUUUUCAAGACAAAAUGUACCAUAUGUAUAUUUACAAACGCUCUUAAGUUUUCUGUGUACGAAAAGGACAGCCAACUUAAUGAGGAAGCCUCUUAGUGUAUUAAUGUCACACUAUCAGUGAUCCAGUAUGUGAACUCUGAGACUGUAAAUGCAAGCAUUUAUAAUGUGAUGUUUGUGUUGUCUACUCCCGUCAGUUUGAUGUUUGUGUAGCCUAUCAAUUGUCAGGUGUGUUUACCGGUAAUAAUUUAAACUGGAAACUCCAGAUGGUUUUAUUUAUACAUGCUUAUGUUUCUCUUUGUUUGUUUACUCUUUGUUUCUGAAUAAAGUUACUGUGCCAUCA